AUGCACUUCAAGGAUAAGUGUUUUUGGCAGGGACAUGAGCAACAUAAGGAAUUGGAUGUGCUUGAUGACGACGAGGAGCAAUUCAUUAGGGAAGUUAUCAUUAUGUUUGAUACUGGGGAUGAGCUAUUUCAUAAUAUAAUGUUACUGGAUGAAUUUGAUUAUCCAUCAAAAAAUUAUUUUGUUGUGAACCAUUUAAUGUGGAAGGACUCCGUUGCUCCUUUGGGAAGACAAAUCUGUCAACUAUCAUCAUAUGGAAUAUGGGUGAUAGAUGAAUUUGGUGGUUCUAACGGUAAUGCUUGGACAAAACACAUAACUUUUGACCUCCCUAUGGAACCGUUGAUAUUUUGGAAGAGCAACGAGGUUCCUUGGAAUGAUCCUUAUGACACUGAUUAUAGCGGACUUAUAUUCUCUUAUAAUAUUGAUACCAAAACGCUUAAAAAUCUUCCCAUUCGAAGCGAGCGGACUAACUCUACUGCUGUUGUGUAUUUGAGCAGCAUAGUUUCAGUGUUGGGAGCCAACAAACCCAAGAGCAAAGAUAAUUCUACACCCAAUGUAUAA